CUGUUAUCUUCUCACACCCAAAGAGCAGCACACAGCACGCACACCGACGCCGGAGCACAUUUGAGAAGCAGAGAGUCGACCUAUACCAAGCGACAGCGGCAGCGGGAGCAGAGAUCCCGAAACAAGCAACAAUAAAAGGGUUGCAAGAUUCGUGUCUUGAGCAGAGUCGGAGUGAACAUGGCGAUGACCUACGCCUGCGGCAAGACCACGGUCGACGUGCAGAAGGUCGUGGAUGUCGUGCGGUCGGCGGGUGCCGCGAUCAUGCAGGUCUACACCGAGGACGCCAAGGAUUGGGACGUGCAGAUCAAGACCAAGGACAACUCCCCCCUGACGAAGGCCGACCUCGCGGCAAACAAGGUCAUCUGCGACGCGCUCACGGAGUGCUACCCGGAGAUCCCCAUAGUGUCUGAGGAGAACAAGCUCAAGCCGUUCGAAGAGCGCAAGGAGUACACGCACUUCUUUUGCGUCGACCCCCUCGACGGGACCAAGGAGUUCAUCAAGCGCAACGGGCAGUUCACGGUGAACGUCGGGCUCUGCGAAGCCGGGGUGCCGGUCCUCGGGGUUGUGGGGGUGCCGGCCGCGGAAGACCCGCGCACGUACUUCGCGGUCAAGGGGGAGGGAGCCUUCGUGGAGUCCGACAAGGACAAGGCGCGGUCCCCUAUCAGCUGCAAAGAGUUUACGGAGGAGGACGAGGGGUUGUGCGUGGUGGCGUCGCUCUCGCACAGCUCGCCGGAGACGGAGGCGUUCAUCGCCAAGUACAAGAACCCGUCGACGACCUCCAUGGGCUCAAGCCUCAAGCUGCUCCUGGUGGCGGAGGGGAAGGCUCACGUCUACCCGAGAUUGGCACCGACGAGCGAGUGGGACACUUGCGCCUCGCAUGCCAUCGUCACGGCCGCCGGCGGGCAGGUAUUGCAACAUGCGGGAGGCAAGGCGGGGGAGCCCGGAGAGGACGUGCGGUACAACAAGGAGGACCCUCUUAACCCGUUCUUCGUUGUCUACGGCAGCCGAAAAGCAGCGGCACCCGCGGUGUAACUGUUCGUGAAGGGGAACCAUCAGGAGGCGUGGUCGCAUUGGGUGGGGGUAGUCGUGUUUGGCAUGCCUUGGUUGUUGGAUUGUUGAUCACGCGUCCUCGAGAGGACAGAGCAAGGGAGGCAGAGGCAUGGGGGGAAAAGAUUCUCACGUCUCGCGUCUCUCGCUGUCGGCGUCUAAUGCCGGGCCAAUCGUUCAGCUCGAACAGAGAAGAACUGGAGUUGUUGCAGAUUCCAGGAGAAGAGCGGAAGGAUCUGCGUCGUUAUCGAGUGUAGGUACGGAAAAUAAACGACAUAAGCUUGCGGGGGACAUGCGCAUGUCAUUCGUUCAUAGGAGUACGCAAUUGCAGUAUCACGAAACAGACUGCACAGGCGAUCAACACCGUGGACGACGGGAUCCGCGCGGUCGUUGAUAGAGCCGGCAGAGGGUUGCAAGAUUUUCUAAGUACUUAC